AUGUGUGACGGCGCCCUGCUGCCUCCUCUCGUCCUGCCCUUGCUGCUGCUGCUUUUUUGGGGACUGGACCCGGGCACAGGGGGUGCUGGCCGCGGCGGAGGACCGGGCUCCAGGCGGCUCCCGGGCGGCAGCGCAGCCGCCGGGUCUCCGGAUGCCUGUGCCGCGCCGCUGGCCCCGGAGGUGCUCCGGGCGGCCGGGCUGGAGACCUUCCCCGGGUGGCGCGGGGCCCGGGCGGAAGCGCCGGCCGGCACGGAGUGCCCAGCGCUGGACCCCGUGCGCGGCGGGCGGCCGGAGGGAGGGCGGGCGGCCGGGCGGGCGGGCCCCGCCGCGCUGACGCGUCUCCUCUCUCCCCGCAGCUGUCGGCGACGCGGCGGCCGACGUGGAGGUGGUACUGCCGCGGCGGGUGCGCCCCGACGACGUGCACCUGCCGCCGCUGCCCGGGGCCCCCGGGCCUCGAAAGCGCCGGCGCCCCCGCGCGCCCCCAGCCGCCCUGCGAGUCCGGCCCGGCGAGCGCGCCCUGCUGCUGCACCUGCCGGCCUUCGGGCGCGACCUGUACCUGCAGCUUCGCCACGACCUGCGUUUCCUGUCCCGGGGCUUCGAGGUGGAGGAGGCCGGCGCGGCGGGGCGCCGCGGACGCCCCGCCGAGCUGUGCUUCUACUCGGGCCGCGUGCUCGGCCACCCCGGUUCCCUCGUCUCGCUCAGCGCCUGCGGCGCCGGCGGCGGCCUGGUUGGCCUCAUCCAGCUUGGGCAGGAGCAGGUGCUAAUCCAGCCACUCAACAGCUCUCGGGGCCCACUCAGCGGACGAGAGCACCUGGUCAGGCGCAAAUGGUCCUUGACACCCAGCCCCUCCACCGAGGCCCCGAUACCUGGGCAGCUCUGCAAGGUUCUAACAGGCCACGUGAGAGACACGGUGCUCUCUUGAGGAAGCCUGAGACUCUGACAGUGUGAACAAUGGCCACUUGCUUUCUCUUUGGAGAUUCUGUCCAGUCUUCUCCGUCCCUCCCUGCCCUUCCAGUCGUCUGUGACAAGCAGCCUCUAGCAGCCUGUGUUCCAGACAGCUGAACAUCAUUUCUGGCUGCCAGAUAAAAUAAAAUGUUUUAUAAUAACUUUUUGACAAGGCUCUACUAUAAAACAUUUUGUGGUGUGUAUGUGUGUGGGUGUGACUCGUCUGUGCAUGUGGGGGGAAAAAAAAGUAGAGGUUGUUCUCCUCCGGGAGUGUGAUGUUCUCGGUAAUAGGUGUCACUGAAAAGUUGUUUAAAAAGUGAGAUUUUGGCAAAAUGAAGCAAAUUUUAAAUUAAGUACA